UGGAAUUCUUAUAGUAUAUGACUGCUUAUCUUUCAGAUAAGGUGAAAAUUACCCCAAGCCCUUAGAUGGGAAUUUGUAUGGCUAAGGUAUGUGUAUUCAUAAAUUCGGACCUCUCUCUCACUCUCUCUAGAAAAAUGCAAACCGCGAUGCCACCUCUGAAAGUAACCGAACUACUUCUCUAGGGCUUGGUUGCCCAACUUUUCACCCAUGGCUAAAAUUGAACGACUCAUUGCCAUGGAAUUUCCAUCUCUCUUGCCAAUGGCCCCUAUGAACGGCUAAGAUGUUCUACAGAUGCAGACCACCACUUGAUUGAGAUCCUGCACUUUUAUCAUGGACAUCCAAGAGUUGACCCGUGUGGUGCACCAAUGUGCAAAAACAGGCACCCUGAGGCAGGGCAUGGCCCUGCACGCCCUCAUCACCAAAUCAACCCCUCUGCUCACCUUCCUCUGCAACCACCUCCUCAACAUGUACUCUAAACUCAACAACAACAAUAACCUCCCUCUCUCUCAAGCCCACCAACUCUUUGAUCAAAUGCCUGAUCCUAACCUCAUCUCAUGGUCCACUCUCAUAUCUGCCUACUCUCACUCCCUCAAUCCUUCAACCUCUCUCUCUCUCUUCUCGAACCUCCCCUUCACCCCAAAUGAGUACGUCUAUGGCGCCACCUUGGGGGCAUCAGCUCGCCUUUUAGACGCUCAAUUUGGUCGACAAAUCCAUGCGCACGCCAUUAAGUUAAGCUACGAGAAGAACACCAUUGUGUCGGCCUCGCUUGUGUCGCUUUACAUGAAAUGUGGUAUGUUCGAUAAUGGGAUGAGAGCGUUUGGCGACUCGCAGGAGCCUCAAGUAUCAGCUUGGAAUGCAGUGAUUUCAGGGUGCAUAGAUAAGGCGAAAUGUGAGGUAGGGCUCGAGCUUUUUUCAGAAAUGCGCACACAAGGGGUGAUGCCUGAUCGAUUCACCUUAGUGGGUGUGCUAUCUAUUUGUGCAGGGGCGCAUGAGUGGUCGUGGUGGUGUGCUCAUCAGCUUCAUUGCUUGUCAACCAAGCUAGGCCUUGCAUCAUUGGCCUUCGUCGCCAACUCGAUCUUGACCCUUUACUCAAAGUGUGGCUCAAGCCUCGAAGAGGUCGAACUUUUAUUCGACGAGAUAGAUGCGAAGGACACCAUUUCCUGGAACACUUUCAUGGCCUCGUGCUCACACUUUGGUGACCACAACAAAGCCCUAAACGUUUUAGCUAAGAUGGCAACCACAAGCCUAGUGCCCGAUGCCUUCACUUUCUCGAGUGUGCUCGCUGCCUGCACAGGCCUCGCAUCUCUCGAGCUUGGCUCCAUGGUCCAUGCGCGUGCCCUGAGGACCAUAUCAAACCCCCCUGACACUGCACUAUGCAACGCGCUCGUGACCAUGUACGCACGCUGUGGUCGCAUAGACCGAGCGUGCAUUGUUUUCGAACUCAUCCCUCUUCGAAAUGUAGUCUCAUGGAAUGCGCUCAUUGCUGGGCUCGCGUGCCAUGGGCUCGGGCUCAAGGCGAUAUCGACCUUUGAAGCCAUGCGCAACGACUUGAAAGCACCAUCCCCUGACUCAGUCACGUUUGUUGCUCUCUUAACAGGGUGCAGUCACACAGGGUUGGUAGAAGAAGGGAAGGUCUACUUUGAAAUGAUGGUAGAAGAUUAUGGGAUUGAGCCUUCCAUAGAGCAUUUCUCUUGCUUGAUUGAUAUGUUGGGGAGGGCUGGUCUUGUUAGUGAGGGAGAGGAAUAUGCAAAGAGAUUUGGAGGGGAGGAUUUAGUGAUAUGGGGUAGUUUGCUUUCAGCUUGCAGGUUACACGGGGAUCUAGAGACUGGAAAAAGAGUGGGUUCCAGUAUUUUGGAAAUGGGUCCUGAUAUUGGGUCUCCUUAUGUGCUAGUUUCCAAUAUGUUUGCUAGAGAGAGAAUGUGGGAAGAAGUUAGAGAAACAAGGAAGCGGAUGAGAGAGAGUGGGGUGAAGAAAGAGGUUGGAUGGAGUUGGGUUCAAGUGAGAGGUGAGUUUCAUAGGUUUACAGUGGGGGAUUUUGAUAAUCCUUAUAUGAGGGAGUUGAUGAAUGUGUUGGGGAGCUUUGAACCCUACUGGUUUAGUGAGACGAGGGUACUAUAGUCAUUUUUUUAUGGCAAUAUGGUUGCUAUAACAAUCGUUUUGGAUGGUUGAUUUGAUCAUAAGUUUUGGAGAAUCUAGUAAACUUCACAUUUUUCUUAUAUCU